UGAAGUUUUAUACAACUUGUGCGCGAGAGAUUGUACUUCGUUAUAGCUCUUCGUUAGGAUCGAUCGUUAGGUAUACAAUGAAGUCCAACAAAAAUAUAAGUAAUAGCGGACUGUGGGGCGAGUUGCCAGCACGGGAGAUGAUUAAGCAAGAAGUGAUAACGCCAGAUUUAAUAGAAAACGUUUGGCGACAAGUCAUGGAAGAUUCAAACAGCACCGACUGUGAUUACCGGAUUGAUCGGCAACCUGAAUAUUUACAAUUACCAAUGGGAAAUUUACAAGUAUUAAACACUAUAAAUCUUCAUCAACAAUUACGUACGAUGGAAGAGGGAACUGUACUUGGAAAUAUGACUGUUGUAGAAUCAUCAGAUACAACGUGUUCAAAAGAUACAACGUGUUCUAGAAAUCUAUUUCAUUUUCUGCCUUAUCAAUCAAAAAGGAAUACGUUUAAAGAUAGUUCUACUAUAAAUUACUUAACGCCAAAAACUGCACGAAAUUUGUUAAGGCACACUGUAACCACUUUGUUAGCGCACAUAGGAUUUGAAAACUCGUCAGAUGUAGCCAUAGAAACGCUCACCGACGUCGCGGAUCACUUUCUGAGGCGGAUGACUCUUCUGUUGAAAACAGCGACCGAACAGAAGGAUCAUGGAUUUCCUGAUGCCGUGGAGAGAGUAAUGCUAGAGACAGGCGUGGGAGAUGUAUCGGCGUUGCAUGACUACUACCAGGAAUAUGUCUUGAAGUUUGAGGGGAACGCGAAGAGGAAAGUCGAGGAAAUGAUGGAGAGACAGAGGCAACUUGAACUUAAUGCUUGUAGUACCAAACUGGAUGAGGCGGCCAACAAGCUGCAAUUCGAAGAGCUCGACGAGUUUGGCAACGUGUAUCGUGAAGUCCCGACGUUGCAACUGCUCGAUCCCGACAUGGGAUUUCCACCCAGUCUGGACGCUGGCUUUCAAAUGCUCUAUAGUCUCGAACAGGACGAGUAGGCUUUCCUUCGCGAGUCAAAAUAAUAAUUUUGCUGCUUCGGGCUUCCAGAUUGAAUAGCAUAGAAGAGGAGGAAAUAAACGUGAACGAUUCCCCGAUCGCGGAGCAACGAUUAGACGAUAUUUGCGGAUAAAACGAGAUGUUAAUUUGUAUAAGAUUUAUGAUUUUCAUUCGUCGUCUCGCAACACGUAUUUGUCGAGGCUUAAAUAAAGAAU